AUGUGGGGUAAAAUAACCUCUCACAUCGGGGUAUGGCUGGGUCUGGAAGAGGCCGACCGGCCGAUGAGGGCCUCCUGCUCCCUUUCGAUGAUCCACCACCCGCAACUCACGGCUGUCCGGAACUCGAAAUCCUCGGAAAAUCUGCAUAGGGUAGGUGAAAUGGACAGAGAGUUUUAGUGGAAAAGUAUUCAAAGUUUCAGAUAACAACUAUGUCUCCGCAGCGAGUUCAGGACGUGGAUGGGGGCUCUCCGAGUGUCCGGAAGGUUAGUGGCCCAAAAGUUUCCGUCACGCGAUCGCUUCUGUCCUUCAGAAAACAAACUUCUUUCAGACUUCUUCAAUUUUCACAUUGCGCCGGAGUCGAAACAAGGAGAAGAAAUACAAAAACGGUGAGUGAUGGGGGCCAAUUUGGGGAGGCCGGAGCCAUGUAAACAAGGCCAUAACUAUUCGAUACUAUUCUCUUUCUCUUUCAAGACUCAAUGUUUUCGAGCUUCUUCUCGCUGAAAGGUUCGUCGUAGCAAAUAGAGAAUACUUUCACUCUUUAACGGGUUUCGCAAUGAAUUCCUCCCUCACUCUACUAACAUUUUCAUUGUCCACAUGGGUCCGGACCGACGAGAAAUUGACUGAGAACUCUUUUUUUCUAGGUCUCACAUAGUGUUUGGUCCGAAAUGAGUUUCCAAAAUAAAAAUUUUCUAUUAGGAGCGACGAAAUCGCCUCUUGCCAAGCACGGUACGGAAAUGACGCAAUCAUGGCAUUCUAAUCACGUGAACGGCACGUCUUCCGGAUCAGGAAGUGGCAGCACUCCUGAGCACCACAGCAAGAACAUCUUCAGUUUUUUGAGGUACCCGCGUGGAAGAUCUGAAGCGCAUUCUAACGAACUCUUUCAGCCGUCAGUCAAGAUCCCGUUCGAACAAUCCUAAUGACUCGGUCUCGACGGUGCCCCAGAUGGCCUCUCCGUCCAUUCCUCCCGCUUCCAGCAGCACCGUCGCCGAUUUCACUCACUUGCGGAGACGUCGUCCUCGCUCUGCACACUACGAUCCUAAUACCAUAACGCUGCCUGCAAAAGAGGAUGUGACUCCGCAGGAUGUAAAUGAUUUGUACAAAAGAAUCGAAAAGUUAGGAGAAGGAUCCUAUGCGACCGUUUAUAAAUGUGAAUCCAGGUGAACUCGACAGUUGAAAUGUCUCAUUGAGAUAGUUGAAAUAGUUGAAAUGUCUCAUUGAUUGCAUUGCAGACUGGAUGGCUCGAUUGUGGCCCUGAAAGAGAUCAAACUGCAAUUCCAGGAGGGUCUUCCGUUCACUGCCAUCCGCGAGGCAUCUCUGCUCAGAAAUCUGCGACACGCCAAUAUUGUUUCUCUUCAUGACAUCUUCUAUCAACACCAUCAGCUCACUUUUGUUUUCGAAUAUAUGAAGAUGGAUUUGAGCAAGUAUCUCGAGCAGAAUGUGUAUGGAUUGGAGAGCAUUGACAUCAAAUUGCUGCUCUUUCAACUUCUCAGGGGACUAGAUUUCUGCCACAGAAAGAAGAUUCUUCAUAGGUACAUUUGUAUAAUAGGGAAGCAUAAAUAAUGUAUUUUCAGAGAUCUGAAACCUCAGAAUCUUCUUCUCGAUGACGAUGGAGUGCUGAAGCUCGCAGACUUUGGACUGGCAAGAGCCAAGUCGGUGCCGAGCAGGACGUAUUCCCAUGAAGUCGUCACUCUCUGGUACCGUCCCCCUGACGUUCUGAUGGGAAGCACGGACUACUCAACUUCGCUCGAUAUGUGGUGAGAAAGGGCUGAUAAAAUAGAAAUAUGAGUGUUUUUCAGGGGAGUCGGGUGUAUAUUUGCUGAGAUUUGCACUGGAACAGCCCUUUUCCCGGGAACGAAAGAUGUGAUCGAUCAAUUGGAUAAAAUAUUCAGUACUAGAGGAGCACCGGAUGAGAAACGAUGGCCAGAGGUAGGAGAACAACUAGAGAGAUGAUCAAAUGAAAUUAAGGUGGUGAAUCUGCCCCGAUACAGUCCUGAAAUGUUCCCUCGAUACCGAGAACUCUCAUUCAUCGCGGUCAAUCCAAUGUUCACGAAGAUUCUGAAGACUGGCCAAGAACUGCUCGGCAUGCUUCUCCAGGUACGUUCUCCGAUUCCCGCCCGAUUUCCCUCAUCCAACCCACUUCCAGCUGCGUCCGGAGAGCCGUGUCUCCGCAGCCAGUGCCAUGCUCCAUCCGUACUUUGCCUCUCUUCCACGUGAAAUCCAUUUGCUGGCUCCAAAUCAGUCAAUCUUCCGUCUGAAGGAACUGAAGGAUCUGCGAUCGCUGUGA